AUGGCUGCGUCUCCCCCGCUGAGCCCACAAGUCCACCAAGCCGCGGACACCGCGGCGGCGGCCGCGCACCGCAGAGCGCGCAAGAGGACGCGCAGAGCAUGCGACAAGUGCAACACGUCACGGACGCGCUGUGACGGUGAUCAUCCCUGCGGUCGAUGCCAGGAAUAUGGAUAUAACUGCAACUACAAUCGCCAAGCCAAGAAGCGCGGCCGAGUGCCGCUGAAAGCCAAGAAGGACGUCUCCAACUCGACACCUUCGGAUGGCUCAGCUGAGGAGGACGAUGAGCACAGAAAUGAGGAUCCCACAGAAAACGAGCUGGUGAAUCGUGCUCCCGUGGUCCAGCAGACGCCUGCACCACUCUCACAAGCACAAGCACAGGCACAGGCACAGGCACAGGCACCGCCAUCUGCCAGGCUCACAUAUGCCUCGCCCCGAGUCGAAGACCCCCCAGUCUUCCCCGUGGACAACCACUCCAACAGCGGGAGCCACCAUCGAUCAGAUCUGGCCAGUGGAUUCCCGCAAAGGAUGGAAAACUGCCGCCUCCACGGUAGUUCGAAUGGCUCCUUUCAUGGCUCCCCCUCGGCGCCCACCCCUUUCUUCAUGGCGACCCCGUCGCUCAGCUUUGGGCUUCCCGCUCGGGGAGAGUUUGACCGUCCGUCUCCCCACAACGGUGGCCAGGUCAACGAGCUUCGGUAUCAAUGUCUCGAGCCGUUGCUGCCCUACAUGGGUAACAACUUCCCCGUGUCGGUCGCCUGCGAUCUGUUCGACGUCUACCUGCUCGACCCGGGCGCGUCCUUGUUCCGUUUCUCCUCGCCGUUUAUACUCACACGUAUCUUCCGCAAGAAAUCUCUCCUGGGGCCGAAUCCUCGACCGACGUCGGCUGCCCUGCUCGCCACGAUCCUGUGGUGUUGUGCGCAAACUGCCGACAUUUCCGUGCUCCUUGUGCCCGGCGCGCGCUCGAGGCUGACCAACGCGCUCUACGAGCUGGCGACAUAUCUCAUCUCAAGACGUGAUCCCGAUCGCUGGAGGCGCAUACAUGGCGGCCUUCAGAUUGAGUAUGACCGUGAACAGGCCGACAUAUUCCCCGAGACAACGGGCGAGCCAGCCGGCACCAUUGACGACGUGCUCACCUUUAUCCUCCUGUGCAUCGGCGUCUCGGCCGGCGACUUCAAGUCCGACUGUCUCAAGUGGUGGAGCAAGGCGAAACGCCUGGCCCUGGCCUUGCGCCUGGAUCGCCAAGACGCGCCCGGCGACUACGCGAACGUGGCCGCCUUCUCUGUUGCCGAUGUCGAGCAGCAAGAGGAGCGGCGUCGGGUGUUCUGGCUGCUGUACGCCAUCGAUAGACAUCUCGCCCUCUCGUACAACAGGGGGAUCCACAUUCCCGAUGCCAUCUGCGACGUUUUUGCUCCUCUCCCUGACCGCAUCUGGGAGGACUUUGAGGACAUGGACGCCCUGCCACCGCGCACAAUCGGACCACCUGUGACCAUCACCGGGACCGGCUUCUUUGAGUACUUUCUGCCGCUCAUGGUGAUCCUUGGGGAUAUAAUCGAGGUGCACCACGGACAGUUCCACCCGCGUCUCGGCAAUCUGGACAAGAAGUACGCCGAGGGGGCGAUUGCCGAACUCAUCGCAGGCUGCGAGGCCAGCCUCGACCGACUCGCGCGCAGGGCGGGCAUCAACGGGGUCUCGCAGACCCCCAUGCGCAUCAGCAAUAUCCUCGCCGGGCCGCAGGACAUGACGCCCCUGGCGGAGGUACCACCGCCAGCGCUACCACCACCGCCACCACCACCGCCACCACCACCGCGACAACAGACGCAGUACGAGCCGACGCGCAACAGUGACCAGCUCGAUGUCAAGCUCGUCAUUGCGUACAGCACCUUUCUUCUGCAUGUUCUGCACGUCCUCCUGUACGGGAAAUGGGAUGCGAUCAGCAUGCUGGACAAUGAGGACGACUGGAUCACCUCGCCGCGCUUCGUGGAGUGCGCGUCCCACGCGAUCGAGGCGUCGGACGCGGUAGCUGACAUCCUCAAGCUGGACCCGGAGCUGACCUUUAUGCCGUACCUUUUUGGCAUCUAUCUACUGCACGGAAGCUUUAUACUGCUGCUGUUUGCGGAUCGCAUGCCGCAGCUGGGGCAGAACCAGAGCGUGGAGCACGCCUGCGAGACGAUCAUCAGAGCGCAUGAGGUCUGUGUGGUGACCUUGAGCACAGAAUUCCAGCGUAACUUUCGGAGAGUGCUGAGGUCGACCUUGUAUAAUCCCUCUGGGAGUACCGUUCACUCGGGCGAUUUCGCCAUGAGCUCAUCCUACAUCAGCUUCGUGAGCGUGGGCCUCUCCGCGGCCAUCUCCAUCCCCAUCGCGGUGAUGGGCAUCCUCACCUGCCUCAAGGCCCGAAGAGGCGGCGACCCGGCACGGAGAGGCUUCACAUGGCUCAAGCUGGCUUAUGCCUUCAUUUUCACUGGCUAUGUCUUUGGCAUCGUGUCAGAUCUCCUCAGCGGCCUCAUGUACUACGGCGCCGCGGACUCCCAGCGACACGCCAUAAACGCGCUGAUCGUGACGGCCAACGUCACAUCCUGGCUCGGCGAGGUCUGCGUGAUCCUGACGUGCACCGAGCUCGGCUGCGGCUUCACGUACGCUCUCCGACUGGAGCGCACCCCAUCGCACAAGAUCUGGCGCAUCUACGGCGCUGUCGGCGCGGCCAUCCUCGCCAUCGUCGCCAUCGUCGCCAACGCAUACAACGGCUGGGCCUAUGCGGAGUACCUCGAUUCGGUCUACGCCAGCUUGGCCUGGGAGGCGGUGCAGAGGUCGCAAAAGCUUGGCGCCGCACUGUCGGUCCUCGGGUUCUUCGUCUCGGCCGGCCUCAUCGUGCAGGCCUCGCUGGUGAGAAGGAAGUACCUCUCCGACAUGCCCGCUACGAAUAGCGUCACCCUGUAUCUAGUGGCCACCAUCCUCUUCGUCGUGCCCCGUAGGCUCUGGGGGAUGGUCACCUCCUUAGCGUAUCUGACCCAAGGCUUCACGGAACUGCACGAGCCCACUGUCAGCGUCACGACUUGGCUCGUUAUCGGCAGGAUCCCACAGCUCAUUCUCCUCGUCUUGUUGUUCGUCGUGGGACUCCGGAAGAGCGAUGGACUGUGGACGACGAUGCAGCCCUGGAUGCACCACACUGCGCCCAACAUGGCCAGUGUGCCACCGCCAGCACCACCAACCCAACAACAGCCGCAAACAUACUACGGCCCCGCCGCCGAUGGAAGCACCUAUGGGCCCACGCAGAUGGGACAGGGCUAUGCGGCCCCUGGACAGCAUGACUACGCCCAGUACCACGGAUACUACAUGUCUCCAAAUGGGCAGUGGCAGCAGCCGCAGGAAGCGCCAGGUGCACCCGUGCAAGCGCCGACCGAGGUACCAGCAGAGCCGUCGCGUACAGUGUACAGUCAGCAGGAUCAGCAUGCACAGGUUCAGUCGAGUGUGGUGUACGAGAAGCCUUGA